UCUCACAAAGGCUGACCCUGCAGGUUGAAACAUGAAGAAAAUCAGUGCAACAAUUUUAAAAGGAUGUUUUUCACUGCAUGUUUUGGCAUGACUGUUUGUGUGUGCUGACAGAGUGUACGUGCAUUUGUGUGUUUGUUUUACUCCUGUCAAGUUCCAAGGCACACUAACACACACGCCCCCAGAUGAUGAUUGUGUCCACAAACAGCAGAGAUAAAUUCAGAAGUUUCUGGUCCCUUUGAGUUAAUCAUCCUCAGACAUCAUGAAGGGAAGCAUUGUUUUUCUGGGACUCUUGCUCAUCUCUUUGGCUGCAGGUGCCAGUGUGAUACCUGAGCCUGACUGCCUCAGAGCUGGGUCUGGCCCUAUCAUGUGCCCCAUGAACUACGAUCCUGUGUGUGGCAGCAAUGGAAAGACGUACCCCAACAAGUGUGCCAUGUGUUCAGACAUUCAGGACACCGGGGAGGAAAUCUAUAUCACCAGUCGAGGCCGAUGCUAGAUGACCAGUGAUGUGUGAUGUCACUGUUGCGCUGACCAAUAAGGAUCUGACUAUCCAUCAAACACAAAUCUUUAAAACGACAGAACUACCCUCAGUUCUUGAGACAUUGCAAAGAUGAAUAAACGUCAGGCAGCAAA